AUGCCGCAGGCGAUUCUCAACCUGCAGGACGAGAAGAACAGAGAAUCAGCACUAAGAAAGCUCAGCAAUUUUCUUCUUGAGAAGAGGGAGCAAGAUCCGGAUAAUUACUACAGCAUUGGGCAUAUGUUGUACCAUUCCUGCAGUACAAUGACUAUUUUGCUACAGGAGUUGUUGACGUUUUUCAGAAUGAUGGAAGAUGGAAGUCUCACUGCAAGAGCUUCCAAGCGUUUGGCAAAUGUUCUUACCUUAUUCCAGUGCAUUGCAGCUGGUAAGGAGACAAGGCACAAAUUUGUGAAAUCUUCAAUCCCCAAUUUUCUGGUUCCACUAGUAACGUUUAGAGCUCCUCUGGAGGAAUUUGAGAAUGUUAGAGCUGUUGCACUGUCUGUGAUAGGCAUUCUAUGCCAGGCAAGAGAAUCAAACAUCAUUCAAUGGGCUGUGGAAAGUAACAUGGUGGAAGUAUGCCGGAUUAGUGUAGAGAUCGGAAACGAACUCUCCAAAGUGGUCAGCAAUACAGACAGUGAUCGUUUGUUUGUGCUGCAGAACUGA